CCUCACAUCACACUCUCUCUUCUUCUUCUUCUGAUCAUCACCUCUCAAAGUCACCAUGGGUUUGAUUUCUUCACCAUCAGUAGAUGAAUCUCACUACCACACCCACAAGAUCUUCCUCUUCACCAACUACAUCCUCCUCGGCGUCGCCACUAGCUGCAUCUUCCUAACCCUCUCUCUCCGCUUAAUCCCUUCCGUCUGCGGCCUCCUCUUCAUCCUCCUCCAGGCCACCACCAUCGCCGCCGCGAUCUCCGGCUGCACGGCAGCUUCCUGCGGGAGAAACCGGUGGUACGCUGCUCACAUGGUGACCACCGUGCUCACGGCUAUAUUCCAAGGCUCUGUCUCCGUUCUCAUCUUCACCAACACUUCGAACUUCCUCGGGAGUUUAAAGUCUUAUGUCCGUGAAGAUGAUGCUGCUGUGAUUUUGAAGCUAUGUGGUGGGCUCUGUGUUGGGAUCUUUUGUCUUGAGUGGGUUGUGUUGGUGUUGGCUUUCUUCUUGAAGUAUUACGGUUAUGUUGAGGGUGGUGAUGGGAGUGGAGGUGUGGCGAUGAGGAGAACCGGUAAGGUGCAGUGUGAGGAGAAUCCUAAGGGUUGGCCAUUGUCGCUCCAAGUUUGAAGUUUAGUGUCUUUUGUUUUGUGUUUGUGUGGUGAGAUUUGUUUAGAGCUAUAUCAAUAUCAAAUGUUGGUUUUUGAUCUGUUUCUUUAGUUGUGUUAUGUAUGAUUCGUUCAUUUGUUAAUGUAUUUGUUAUUCAUGUCAAUGAUUUACUACUACAUAUAUGUGUAAUAUGUUUC